AUGGUUGCGGUACACGAAAAGCUUUUCAGUAUCAAGUUUUUUGCAUUUACUCCUGGAUGGGACAAAGAGAAACCAUGGGCAAAGUUUAUACUCAGGUGCAUUUUGAACCACAAGGAGGCAAACACCAAUGUUAAGACCGAUGAACCUUCCAAUGGAUACCCAAACAACGACACUAAUUUUAAGAAUGAAGAGGGAAUUUCCGUGGUGGAUCGCAGCGAACAAGAAAGUUCGAAUGAAGGAGAAGAAAGAGAGCAGGCAUAUGUCUGGGAUGUUCAUGCUGCUUCUGCGAGUAUUGCAAUGCAAGACUUCGCGGAUGAUUUCUUAGUCUUCCUCGAGCUUGUCAUCAUGGCACAUGACAUGAACAUAGGUGUUUUCAGCCCAGUGUUUUUCAAAGAUCCCGAGCUCGACCUCGAUAUGACAUGA